AUGGAACCCUUAUCAGGUGAAACAACACUUCCACCGCAUCAUUAUAGGGCAUUUUCAAAUGAAGAAAAUACGAAAACGGAACGACCAAAGCUGCAUAAAAGAAGACUAUCAUCAUAUGAUAGGAAUGAUUAUAAAAGAGAAAUGUAUCAUAAAACUUAUCAUAAUACUGUCGGAUUUUCUAGUCAACUUUCUCCUACCGGUGGAGUUGUUUACAAUGAUAAUGGGCAUGAAACUAGCGGAAAAGAAAUUACUGACGAGUUCUUAUCCAAAGAUUGGAAUACUCCCGUUGCUGCUAGAGGAGAUAAAGAAGAAUAA